AUGUACAGAAGUGGGAAGUAGCCACCAAAACCGGAAUUGCCUUUUUAUGCUGAUGUCACUUAUUGGAUUAGCUUUAUGUUGUCAAUCUAUUUCAAAGACGAGAAGAUUUUGCACGGGAUAUUUUCUUGUUUGCCAUUGUUUAUGAUAGUUCAUUUGACUUUGAAUAGAUUGGUAAGGGGAGAGUUGGGAUCGACAGUAAUGAUGCUAUCUUUGCUUGCAGAAUCAAUCGCCCAUUUGUUUCACCAAUUUGCACAUGAUGAGAGAUUCAUGAAUUUAUAUUUCUUUGAGCAUUUGAUUUGUGGAAUGUUUUUGGCUAUGGGGAAUUUCAUUUAUGUGUUUGAAAAAAGGUAGAAGAAGGAGAUUUUCCGUAAAAAGAAGGCUUAUCUGAAAUCAAAAUUACCAAAACCUCAAUCUAUAAUAGUUUUCCCUAUAAUUGCUUCAGGAUUUUAUUUAAUGCUAUACGAAACUAAAAAUGACAAUACAAAUUGGAUAUUGUAUUAUAUGAAAGUGUUUUAUAGUAUACCAUUAACAAUUUAAUUAAUUUAUGCUAUUCAAAGAUAUUAAGCCACAUCAAAAAAGAGUUAUUUUUGUGGCUUGGCUGCCUCAAUCAUUUAUGUGUUGUCUGAUUUGUCAUACCAACACUUCCCAUUAUAUCACAAAUUGUUCCAUCGCUUUAGCUUGUACUUGCAGACUCGAUAAAUAUUCUACCACAUCAAAUGGUUCCAGAAGAACAGAUACAAAUUUGAAUGA